CCCGCAAGAUUCACAAAACUGAAAUAUCUCUAAAAUCUGUCCAAAUAUCUCAUCUUGUUUAUUUAGAGUAAUAAAUUACUAACUACAAAUGGCAGGAACAAGUAGUUAUCCUCCUCAGAUGGCUGUGCCGCCGGCAGCAAAUCAGGUUGCAAUUAUAAGCCCACAGUUCUGUGCUCCAUAUCCAGUUGAUUUGAACAUCGUGAGGAAAAUGAUGACUUUGUCUGAAGGGAGUUUCGGAGUUACCGAUGUCAACGGCAACAUCAUUUUUAAGGUCAAAGGAAAGCUCUUUAGCCUUAGGGAUCGCAGAGUUUUGGUUGAUGCCGCUGGCAACCCUCUCGUCACUUUCCAACAAAAGAUGUUGACUGCCCAUAGGAGAUGGCAAGUAUACCGAGGAGAGAGCACCGAUACCAAAAAUUUCCUUUUUAGUGUAAAGAAGUCUUCACUUCUUCAAUUCAAGACCAAAUUAGACGUAUUCUUGGCUCACAACACAAAAGAAGACGUUUGCGACUUCAGAAUUGAAGGAAGCUGGUUUGAAAGAUCUUGUGUUAUCUAUGCUGGAAAUACUAAUACCAUAAUCGCCCAAAUGCAUAGGAAACACACUGCUCAAAGUAUAUUGCUUGGGAAAGACAAUUUUGGUGUUACUGUGUAUCCGAACGUGGAUUAUGCUUUCGUAGUCGCUUUGGUUGUGAUUCUGGAGGAGAUCAAUGAGGAUAGAUCGGGCGAAGACUAAGAUUAUAUUAUCACAAGUGUUGCCAAUGUCUGAUAUUUUUGUGUAAACGAGUUUGGCUUUUGAUUAUGACUUGAUUUCAGAUGUAGAUAAGGGUGUAAAACCGUUUUGUUUGCUAACUUUCGCCAGAAAGAUUACUGAUUGUAAUAUUUUGUGUUUGCAUAAAGUGCUCAUAGCGGCACUUCAUUCUGUAAUAAUGCAUAGUAUUAAGUUAAUAUAUAAUAUUUCCUUUUGGAACAAAAAGAUAAGGGUGUUUUAACUA